CAGCGGGAGGAGCCUGGUAGUGAGGGGGAGGGGCUUCCAGUGUUUGGGGUCGAGCAGGCAGGCAAGUGCUGGACGCCUGAGCAGCUAGCUGGGGAGGGCGACCCCUGCAAGGAAUAUACUUGGCCAGAAGGGACCUUACUGUUCUGCUGAGUUUGAGUCAGAUCCAUCUGACCUGUAAAAAUUCACAGUGUGCCUGGGGCUGACCCUGCCUGGAAGAAUUCAUAGUUGGAUAUCCUUCUUCUUGCUGUGGCCUGUGGUGUCUAGCCCUGGAUGGCCAAGUGGGAGCUUCUGCAGGGGCUAGACCGGCCUUUCCAAGAGCGGCUACAUGUGCUUUAUUCAAACAGUCUCUUGCCCAUGGAUGUACGGAGCCACCUAGCUGCUUGGAUUGAGGACCAAAACUGGUACCAAGCAGUCACAGGCCCUGAUACGUCUCAUGCUUACUUGCUCUUCCAUCAUCUCCUGGACCAACUGGGCUCCCAAUCUAAUGGCUAUAGUCAGGAUUCUGACCUGCUACUACAGCAUAACUUAAGGAAGUUCUGCAGGGAUAUUCAGGCUUUGUACCAGGAUAAUCCCAUCCAGCUGGCCGGGCUAAUUUAUAAUCUGCUGCAAGAAGAAAAAAAUAUUCUGAACCAGGCUCAAAGGACCCAGCAGGACCAGGUGAGCGCAGACCCUGAGGUUCCCAUGGAGACAAGGCAGCAGCAGGAGAUUGAGUCUCGGAUCCAGGAAUUGAAGGAUAUGAUGCAGAAACUGAUUAAGGAUGUUUACAGCCUGAGUGACCUACAAGACAUCUUUUCUUUUCGUUACAAGACACAGAAUCCCUCAGCAAAGACAUCUUCUUCCACAGACUCUAAGCAGACCAAGCAACAACAGCUCCUGCAGGAAACACUCAAUAAUCUGGACCUAAAAAGGAAGGAGGUGUUGGAUACCUCCAGAGCACUACUGGGCCGAUGUGCCACUCUGAUUAAGCUCCUGCUGCAGGAGCUAGAGGAGUGGAAAGAUCAGCAGCGAAAGGCCUGCAUUGGGGCCUCUCUGGACCUCAGCUUGGAUCAGUUAGAGAGUUGGUUCACAGCUGGAGCAAAGAUACUGUUCCAGCUAAAGCAGCAAUUGAAGGCACUUAAGAAUUUGAGCACUGAAGUCAGCUAUGAGGGUGAUCCCCUGAAAACCAAGCUGCCUUUACAGGGGGUCACCGAAUUGCUGCAGCUUCUGCUUCACAGUGCCUUUAUAGUGGAAUCUCAGCCUCACAUGCUUCCGCCUCUCAAACGACCUCUUAUCCUCAAGACCGGGAAUAAGUUUUCUGUCCAAACACGGCUUUUGGUGAGGCUGCAGGAUGCAAAUGAGCCCCUGACUGUACACGUCACCAUUGACAAGAAUGCUCCCCAAAUUAAAGGCUUCCGAAUGUUCAACAUCCUGACCUCAGAACAGAAAACUUUGACCCCGGAGAAGGGAAAGAGCCAAGGCUUGAUCUGGGACUUCCGCUGCCUGACACUGAAGGAGCAGAAGACAAGUGGCUCUGGGAAGGGCUGCAGCGAGGGGCUGCUCAUUGUGACUGAGGAACUUCACAUCAUUAACUUCACUGUCAAAUACUCCUACCAGGGGCUGAAGCUAGAGUUGAAGACCAAUAGUCUUCCUGUGGUGAUCAUCUCCAACAUGAACCAGGUUUCUAGUGCUUGGGCCUCCAUACUCUGGUUUAAUCUGCUCAGCUCUGAUCCCCAGAACCAGCAGUUCUUUUGCAGUCCCCCCAAGGCUCCGUGGGUAGUGUUGCGCCCAGCCCUCAGCUGGCAGUUCUCUUCCUGUACUGGCCGAGGCCUCGACGAAGAGCAGCUUAACAUGUUGAAGAAAAAGCUGUUUGGCACAGAGCAAGAACAUAAGAAAGAGUCACAGUUGUCAUUGUCCUGGCCUGCCUUCUCCAAGGACAGCCCUCCUGGGAAGAUGCCUUUCUGGACGUGGUUGGACAAGAUUCUGGACCUGGUACACAGCCACCUGAAAGAUAUCUGGAAAGAUGGGCUCAUUAAGGGCUUUGUGACCCGUGCCCAGGCACUGAAGUUGUUGAAGAAGAAUUUGCCAGGUACCUUUUUGCUGCGAUUCAGUGAGACCUCACUAGAGGGGGGCAUCACCUGUUCAUGGGUGGAACAUCAGGAUGAUGACAAGGUGAUCCUCCGAUCAGUGGAGCCAUACACUAAAGAAAUUCUGCAGUUACUCCCUAUUACAGAGAUCAUACGUAAUUACCAGUUACUGGCAGAGGAGAAUGUGCCUGAGAACCCACUGUGCUUCCUUUACCCUGGCAUUCCCCGGGAUGAAGCUUUUGGACCCUAUUAUCGUGAGAAAGUAGAUCUUGCGAAACACAGGAAAUACUUAAGCCGGGAACUCAUUGUAGUGUCCAACAGGCAAAUUGAAGAUGUACAGUCACCGUGUCACUUGCAGCAGCCAGAAGAGCCAGACUUGAAACUGGAGCCCCAUCCAGAGUGGGAGCAGGAGCCUGAGCUUCCAUUGGACCUGCAGAGCCUAGGGAAGGACCUGCUAACUCUGAAUGUGACUGAUAUUGAAGCUCUGGAAAACGACGAGCUGACCCGUGAUGCUUUCCUGCUGAAAGAUGACCCAGUGUUACCUAUCCUGUCUGGGAGCGAUGAGACCCCCUCCUCCGUGAGCCACUUCUUCAUGGAUGGCACCCUUACUUUUGAUUUCCCUAAUUACUAGGAAUUAAAUUCCUCCCUCUUUCCUUUCUUCCCCCCUACCCCUCUCCAUUGUGACAUCGAAGUUUGGUGGAGAUCAAGAGCCUGGUGUUUGUUUGUUGGGGGGGGGGGGGGGGGGGGGGAGGUGGAAUUAGGAAAAGGAAGAAACAGAAUUUCACAGCUUCCUGUUCUCCCAAGCCCAGUGCCAAAUUGUUUCUUCUUUCUCCCCUUGCACUUUGUGAAAUCCUGUGUAUCCACUUUUUCCUUGUAAGGGAUAAGCAAUGUCUGCCUCAUUUUACUUUGUGAGGCUCUCUCCAAAAGUGGGAGUUGAGUGGAUAGACCCAAUAAUAACUUGGUUCUCUAGUCACGUGAAGUUUACAAAGCACUUUUCUAACAGUAGCUACCCUGUGAAGCAAGUACAAGUCCUACUGUAUCCAUUUUACAAAUAGGGACUUAUCCAUGGUCAUGCAGCUAUGUGACCUCAGCCCCAGAACUCCUAUCCCUGUUCUGUGCUCUUCCUGUGCUGCUUUCCUGUCCUGCCUUUGCCCUCAUUACCCCUGGCAAAGUCUCACAUAUGCACUUUGAUAGCUGGAACCACUUAGUGAGGGGCAGCUGACUGUCUAAAGCUCUGAUAACAAAUAAUGCUGGGGGCCAAGCAGAUCCUGGUAUUCUGAUAGUUAACCAGUAUAACUGGACAAGAGCAAAGCCAGUACAAUAAACGGUGUUCUCUAACAGC